CCAUUCAUGAAUGGUCAAACUCAAGCUAAAAAAUAAACUGAAAACCAACACAAAAUAAUUUAGAAUUAGAGAAACCAAUACGUCACCGUAUUAAAGAGUCAUAUUAAGGUCCACACAAUUUUAAUUCAAAACAGAAAAAUUCUCCUUUUUCUUUUCCUUUGCCUUCUUCUUCUCUUCAUCUCUCAAUUCCACUCCGUUUGGUGCCAUUCCAUUUCCACGUGGAGCACCGGAUCCGAACACUCUCCGUCGUUUAAUCUCCCUUUUCCGGCGACUUCACGUUCUCCAACAUGAAUCCCGAGUAUGAUUAUCUGUUCAAGCUCCUUCUUAUUGGAGACUCUGGUGUUGGUAAAUCAUGCCUUCUUCUAAGAUUUGCUGAUGAUUCAUACAUUGAUAGCUACAUAAGCACCAUCGGAGUUGAUUUUAAAAUACGAACUGUUGAGCAGGAUGGGAAGACAAUUAAACUACAGAUUUGGGAUACUGCCGGGCAAGAACGAUUUAGGACAAUAACCAGUAGCUACUAUCGUGGGGCACAUGGAAUCAUUAUUGUUUAUGACGUGACAGAUGAAGAGAGCUUCAAUAAUGUGAAGCAGUGGCUCAGUGAAAUCGACCGCUAUGCCAGUGAUAAUGUUAACAAGCUUUUGGUUGGAAACAAGAGUGAUCUGACAGCAAAUAGAGCUGUCUCAUAUGAUACAGCUAAAGAAUUUGCAGAUCAAAUCGGCAUACCUUUUAUGGAAACAAGUGCAAAAGAUGCUACAAAUGUGGAAGGGGCAUUCAUGGCCAUGGCUGCUGCCAUCAAGAUAGAAUGGCAAGCCAACCGUCCGCAAACAAUGCAAGGCCUCCGACGGUGCAGAUUAGAGGACAACCAGUUGGGCAAAAAGGUGGUUGCUGCUCUUCUUAGCCAGAUGACAUGGCAUUUCACCUGGUCUGUUGCUUGACCCUUUUCAUGUAAGAUUUGUUAUGUCACUAAAUAGUUGACCAAUGUCGCAUAAUCUGUCAAAUGGUUUGGGAAUUUGGCUUAGAUGAUCCCAUUCUUUACAUACACUUGAAUGGUAUGCUUGUGCUAAGUAUAGUAAGUACUUGUGUUGAUGAUAUAUAUCUAUGUUUCUGCUCAUAUUAUCUAAUCUAUUUUUACUAAGAGGACA